AAGAAUGGAACCCGAUCCACCCACUGCUUCUUCUCAAAUCACGUGCCCACUCACUUUCUGAGGCAUUCUCUGUUCUCAGUUUCUGUAAACGGAAGGCGAGAGAAAAUCAACUAGGGCCUCGUGCUUUGGAGAAUCGAUGCUCAUUCCGUUCUUUGCUUCUCGCGUUUGCUACUGUGUCUGUGUUUCCAGCCUUCCAUUCCAUUCCAAAAUCACCUAGGGUUCUGAUCGGGAACUAAAAUCACGCCGACGGUAAGUUCCCUCUUCUCUCAGCUUUUCAGUUUAGUUUUUUCUCUCAUUUUCCUCCAUUUCUCUCCUUGGUUCAGUUAUUGUUGCGGGCUGCCUAAGGCUUCUGUACUCGCUUGUGUAACCCUAUUUUUCUUUUCGUGUCGUGUGCUCAGAACGCACAGGUCCAAGAGCUAUACUCACAUUUGUCCAAGAAGGUUUUGGUUCUUACCUCUUCUUUUGGAUUUUAGAUUUGUAUGCGAGUGUGUUGUGAGUGCGUGCAUAAUCUAAUUGUUUUAGAUUUCUGAAGCAGAGAACUCUUCUCUGCUUCUUUCUUUGUUGAGAGGACUGCUUCUCUCUGUAGGCAAAGAAGCAGAGAGUUUCCCUCUCUUUUUUGUUUUGUGACAAAAAAAGGAACUUUUGUGUUUUGACCUUUGAGAAAUUUUCAACAGAAAGGACCACAAAAGAAAAUAGAGUGGACAGUGAUAUGCUGUCUGAAAAUGAGGGGCCGGCAGCUGUCCGAAGGGGUGAAAUUACCAUUUCAUCCCUCCUUGCUUUGUUUCGGAUCACAAAUUAUUAUCCAAAUAGUAUUAGGUAGGUACAGGUACUGCACAGAUUACAUAUCAGUGGAGAUGAAAUCACUAUUUCUUCUGUUGCUACAUGUAUAGUAUGAUUUUUAUUAGGUAGGUACUGCACAGAUUUCAUAUCAGUGGAGAUGAAAUCACUAUUUCUUCUGUUGCUACAUGUAUAGUAUGGUUUUUCUCUAAAUACAAUGCUUAUUAACAUUUUAUGAAUUUGGUAACAUGAGAUAUUUGUUUUCUAUACCUUUUUCUUAUUGCAGUAAAUGUGGCUUGCAGUUUGCUACUCACCUAUAACUAAAGCUUCAGAGAUUGAUUUUCUAUCUGAGACAGUUUUCUAUUUCAGAAAACUUGAAUUUGAUAGCAUUAUUUUUCUCUAAAUCCUUGCACUAAGCAUGGCUAUUAAUCUUUUUGGCCAUACAGUGAAGCUGAUGGUCUUCUAUCUAUUUCACUUUAUCCUUUAAUUUUUUUUUAAAUAGAGCUUAUAACGUGUGUCUGGGAAUGCCAUUUUUCUAUUUCACCUUUUUUUUUCACAUGGUUAUUUUUGUCCAUCAUGCUUAUAGGUAGUUUUUGGAAAUGACAUUUUUGUUUGUAUAUGUAAGCCUAUCUUUAUAAGCUGAACGGUGUUUGACCUUAAUUUGAUGGUUGUUUUAUGAAUUUUUAGAUGGUAGUGUUAAUUGUUAAGGUUGUGUGCAAAAAAUUAAAAUUGAUAAUGAUCAUGUAUUAUUAAUUCGAAUGGUUUUUGUCUAUUGUUAAGGACAAAGUUUGGGGGUCCCAUUGGGCGAGAAUGAGACUUAAGAUUUAUUCCUUGUCAGGCCCACGGGGUGGGUAUGAGGUAUUGGUGUUGGGAAUGGUGCAAGCAAAAUUCUAUCCUGACCAUUGUUGUUAGAAUCGUAUGAUUCAUGAUUCGAAUCGUACAAUUUGAGUUGAUUCAUAUAGAAAUCGAGUCGAAUCUACAGGGUGAAUUGAAAAUCCUUUAGAAUCAACUGUGAAUUUGACAAAUCGCACGAUUCGUCUGAUUCGGGCGACUUCAUUUGCAUGUGCGUUUUAAUCAAAUAUUCAUUCAAUUUGGCUAUGUUUGAAGACAAAGAAGGUGAUGAAAAUGACGAUGCUCUUGAACUUGAAGAUGAAGAUGAUUGAUAACUAGUGAAGAUUAUAGACAAUGGAGUUUUUUAGUAGCCUAAUAGUUGUAGUUCUUUUUUUUUUUUUUUUGCUAGCUUGUUAUUUUGAAAGUGGUUUGGUUUGGUGCAAUUUGAAUUUAAAGGCAAUAUGAAUAUACUUUUUCCUUUUGGUAUAAUUUUAAACUUAGCAAAUAUAUUUAGAAGUAUUAUUUAUCUAUUUAUAUUUAAAAGAAUUGAUCAUGGUGGGCUCAUUAUUUAUUUUCUAUGGAUAUAUAUUAUUUAUAGUUGAAAUUGAGAAUGUGCACUAAAUUUUACGAUUCAAUUCGAUUCUCGAUUCACGAUUCAUAAAAUAAGGAUUUCGAUUCUCGAUUUAACAACUAUGGUCCUGACCCCACCUCAUUGCCAUUGUUGCUAACAAAUCUUGAAGCUUUCUACCUUGACAACAUCUUCUGUUAUCAUGUGAACUUCGGUUGCUUGAAACUUUAGCAGAUCAGUUAAGGACCUGAUUCACAUCUACUGGUGUUCAGUUUUUGAUUCAGUAUAAUGCGGUGCUGCUACUAGGCAUAGUUGUCAAAGGCGUGCCUAGGAGUGAGGUGCAACUCUGUGCCCCUCUUAGUCAUUUGGGCGAGGUGCCAGCUGGAGGCACUUGCCUACUCUAGAACAUAAUUACAAAAAAUCCUAAACAUAAAACAGAUAACCCAUUUGACAAACAUUAAAACUAAGAAGUCCUUCAUCACCUUCAUUUCUUCCUCUUCAUCAGUAUUCAGAGAUUCGACUAUCAAAUUUGCUUCAUAGAUUCUACUUGUUAGGCAUUUCAGUGCAAACUUUAGGUAUAAUUAUUUGUCCAAAGCCUCUAGCUUGAUUUGUCAUGCUAGAUUCUGUUUCUUGCUGGUAUGAGAACAUAUUAAUGCAGAUCUGGGAGAGGUGAUUCUGUUGGUGUUGGCUGGAUGUCUGUUGAAGCUAUUACGUGUAGGGAACCUUCGGCGUGUUACAUUCACUCCCUUUGUAAGUGUGGGUGCGCCCCCUUCCAUCUGGCAUGGCCUUCCUUCUGGUGACCGUAAUCACCGACAGUGUUGCUAGAGCAUUUAGGUUUGAGUUAAAUGACUAGUGUUGAAAAGUCUACCUCCACCUCUCCUCGAAGAGACCCAGGAUGGAAAUAUUGCCAUUUACAAGAUCCGAAUAACAAACAUAAUGUUGUUUGCAAUUUUUGUGGAAAAGUAACCAAAGGGGGAGUAUACCGAGCAAAGCAACACAUUGUUGGUGGAUUUAGAAACACAACAAAAUGCAACCAGUGUCCAGCUCAUGUUCAUGAAGAAAUUAAAGAAUACAUGUUGAGAAAGUCUAAAGGCAAUGCAAGAACAAACAUCCAUGAAAUUGAUGCUUUUGAUGAGGAUGAUGUUGAUGACACUGAAGUACAAUCUCAUGGAAAGAGGGCUUCAAGUUCCCAAAACAGCAAUCAAAUUACUACGAAGAGGGCAAAACAAAGGGCUUUUGUGGAUUUGCAUUUUACUCCUAAUCUAGAGAAAGUUGUGCAAGACAAGAGAGAAGGGAAGAUGAAACAAGCAGCUAUCAGUGAGACAUGCAAAAAAGAACUAAGAGAUAAGGCUUAUAGAGAAAUAGCAAAGUGGUUUUAUGAUGCUGGGAUAUCAUUUAAUGCCGCAAAAUUAGAAAGCUUUUCUUUGGCAGUUGAAGCAAUUGGACAAUAUGGUCCUGGUAUGAAACCACCUAGUUAUGAUGAGCUUAGAGGCCCUCUAUUAAGGAAGGAAGUUGACCAUACCAAAGAAUUGGUGCAAUCUCACGAAGAAGAUUGGGCCAAACAUGGAUGCUCGAUUCUUUCUAAUAGGUGGAGAGAUUCGGUUUCAAAUAGAGAUAUCAUGAGCUUUUUUGUAAGCUCUCCCAAGGGAGUGGUGUUCAUUAGAUCAAUUGACGUUUCUAAUAAUGUGAAAAAUGCCAAUGGUUUGCUCCAUGUACUUGAUCAGAUGGUUGAGGAAAUUGGGGAGACAAAUGUUAUUCAAGUGGUGACAGAUAAUACUUCUGAUUAUGUUGCAAUGGCCAAAUUGUUAGAAGCAAAGCGACCACAUUUGUAUUGGAUGCCAUGUGCAGCACAUUGCCUUGACUUCGUGUUGGAGGAUAUUGGAAACCUGCCUUUAGUUCAUCGAACAUUAAAUGAAGCCGUAUUUUUGAAUGGUUAUAUUCAGAACCGGACUGGUAUGGUUAAUAUGAUGAAACAAUGCACUAGAGGUAGAGAUUUGCCUAGGUUUACAGUUCCUAGGUUUGCCGCAGCCUUUCUCACACUACAAUCAUUGCAUCAUCAGAAGAGUAACUUGAGAAAGAUGUUCACUUCAGAAGAAUGGAGCAAGAGUAAAUGGGCAAAGAAACAAGCAGGUAAAAGAGCUGCUAAUAUUGUACUGAUGCCUAAAUUUUGGGAAAACGCGAUUGACGUUCUUAAAAUCAUCGGCCCUCUUGUUCGUGUUCUUCGAUUGGUUGAUGGAGAGGAGAAACCUACUAUGGGAUAUAUUUAUGAGGCGAUGAGGAGAGCUAAAAAUGCCACUGCAAGGUCCUUUAAGGAGAAUGAGGAGAAGUAUGGGCAUAUUUUUGAUAUCAUUAACAACAGAUGGGCUUGCCAACUCAAUCAUCCUUUAUAUGCAGCUGGACAUUUCUUAAAUCCAGAAUUCUUUUAUUCAAAUCCCAAAAUAAGGCAAGAUGAGGUAGUCGUCAGGGGCUUGUAUGAGUGCAUUGAAAGACUAGUUCCAAGCUUAGAAUUGCAAGAUAAAAUUAUUGAUGAGUUGGCAUUGUAUAAGAAUGCGGAAGGCCUUUUUGGAAUGGAGAUGGCUAAAAGGAAAAGGAAUAAAAAAGCUCCAGCUGAAUGGUGGAGGUUUUUUGGGUUGUCGACUCCAAACUUGCAAAAGUUUGCUGUUAGAGUUCUAAGUCUUGUAUGUAGUGCUUCCAGUUGUGAGAGAGAUUUGAAAAUUUUUAAGCGCCUUCAUAGCAAAAGGAGAAAUAGACUAGCUCAAGAACGCCUAAAUGAUUUGGUGUUUGUUAAGUAUAAUCGAGCACUGAUGCGGCGCCAUAAUUGGCGUGAUGCUAUUGAUCCUGUUCUUUUAAAUGACAUUGAUGAUGAUAACGAGUGGUUGGUUGACAUGGAACCAUCUGGAGGGAGAUUUGAACUGGUUUAUUAUAGGCGGAGGAGUAGAGUUUAGAAUGUAGUUACAUUUGUAGUUGUCUUAUAAUUUCUUAUAUUUGUAGGUAUGUUUGUUAUUUUAUAUUUGGACAUAUAUAUAUGUAUAUAUAUAUGUUUAUACUCCCAUCUAUGUACUUGAAUAUGAAGGGUAGUUGUGUGAUCAGUUUUCUCAUAAACUCCCCCGCUCAAUUGCUUUAUUCUCUCUCUGUCUUGCUUUUGA